GGCAGGACUGAAAGGAGUGGCUGCUUUGACGAAAGGAAAACUGCACACAGGCGUUUUCUGGGUAACGUUUACCAGAGAAUACAGUGUGCAUUUGCCUUCAGUCCCUAGUCGGCCUUUAUCUCAACGACUUGUUGCACGUUUCUCCUAGCAAGAUGGCCACCAGCGACCAGGGAAGCGCGAAGGACACCCUGGAAUAUCAGAUUGAAUUGAUUCAGAUGUGCAGGGACACCUUUGAGACAUAUCUCGACCCAUCGACAAUCCUGGAUAACAUGAAUAUACACCCUAAAAUCAAGGAAAGGAUUCAGGCUUACCAGCGUCUGGAGCGACAAGAAGCGGUCAAACAGCUGUUAGAUGCUGUUCUGGCUGACCCAGAAGCCCACGUCUCCAUGUUUAUAUAUGCCCUCAAGGAAGCAGGGUUUGAACACUUCACGGACAUCCUCGAGGACAGCAAAGGCCCGCAAGACAGAAACAGAACGUCUGCCAAAUAUGAACUGUUGAUUCUCUGGCUCCAGGGCGAUUUGAAGGACAAGAUCAUUCCAACAGAGAUCAUUGAUUACCUGAAGCCAAUACUCAGUGACAGAGACUACGAGCUGAUACGCAACACGGAGAGGGAACGAAGUAUCCAGGAAGCCUGCCAGGACUUGUUCCUAGCUAUCCAGAGGAAGACUCCACGCUGGGCCUCCUACUUCCUGGACGCUCUGUACAACGCGUAUGGCGGUCAGUUGCUGAGGAAAAUACACCCUGACUUGGCUCAUGAUGUAGGCGUUGAUGAUGACGAUGACGAUGAAGAUGAUGAGGGUGAUGAUGAUGAAGAUGAAAGUGACUUCGAUUCCCAGUCUGACACCGAUAGUGUAUCCUACCCGGAUCCAGACACUCUGGAAGAAAAUAGCCAGCCAGAGCGUGAGGUCGACCCCCAGGACGGGAAGGGGGGAGUGGCCAGAUAUAGCCGGGACCAACUGUUAUCUCUCCGCCCACGGUCUGCAGGCCCCAUCGUCGGGGCGGACAUCCCACGGGAAUGUUCCCUCGACGCCGACAACUCCACCCCGGCGACAUCACGUCAUCACAGAGAUUUGAUUUCAACAACCAUCCCGGAACUGGCAGAAACUGGUUUGGGGGAGCAAACACUGAGGAAAGGGAUACUGCCAAGUUCAUCGCAUAGACCAAGCAGUGACACAUCUGAGGAAUCAGGAAGCGAUGAUGAAGGCCAAGGGGAGGAUGUUAUUUACUCCCGGGGGGUGCGGAUGCGGGAGUACCAGCUGGAGCUUGCUGCCAGUGCCGUCGCAGGUCUUAACAGCAUCAUCUUCGCUCCCACCGGCUCGGGGAAGACUUUGGUCGCCAUGUACAUCGCAAAAUGCAUCCUUGAGAGAGAGGGAGGGAAAGUUAUAUUCCUGGAACCAACUGUCGCGCUUGUUAAUCAGAUUCACGUGGAGGUCAGACGUUACCUAGGUGACGCUUACAAGGUGUUGAAGCUGAGAGGCAGCGACGAAGACAGCGUCAAUCUCCAUUUCCUCCUGCCGUUUAACGACGUCGUAGUGAUGACACCGAUGAUCCUGGAGAACCACUUGAAGCAGGAGAAGAUCAAGGGUCUGUCUGGCCUGUGUCGUCUGCUUGUCCUGGACGAGUGUCAUCACACCCGCAAGGGGGAGGCUUACAACAAGCUGAUGAUCAGACACCUCCGUGAGAAGGAGGACGGAGCAAAACACCUGCCUCAGAUUGUAGGUUUGACCGCUGCCCUUGGGGUGGAGAAGGCCUCAACAGAGGAUGAGGCCCUCGACAACAUCAUCAGACUCUGCGCCAACCUGGACCCUCACCCACCCAUAAUCUCCACCGUGCAGCGGAACAGGGAGGAACUAGUCAGACUCGUCCCGGUGGCAGAAGAGGAGACCAUACAUCUGGGGGAAAACAAGGACAGUCCGGCUAAGAAGGUCAUCGAAGAGGCCAUGGCUAAGAUCCAGGGCACGCUGCCAAUAGUCCAUGAAAUGCACAACAAGACCAUUGGGAAAUAUCUGCGGGAGGCGCCAUUAGAUUUUGGUAGCCAGUCAUACAACCAAUGGACGGUCGAUCUCAAGGCCGCCACCACCAAGGUCAAUACACAGGGCGAUGCCGAGCAGACCGAGAUGAUACGUAACCUGUCGAGCAUUGCCGACCACCUGUAUAAAUACAACGUAGCCUUGACCUUGAAUGACCUUGUUCGGGUCAAGGACGUCAUUGACUAUAUCAGCAAUGAACUGCUGUCCAUAUAUGGAGUAAACCUGCUGACAGCCCAUGAACAGCAACUCCAGAACGAGGCCAGCAGGGUAAAGAAAGAGCUGAUGCGAUGUGAACUGAUGAGGACGCGAGACAAGGAAAAUGAAAACCCAAGACUGAACCAGCUGGUUGAUAUUCUGCUCGGCCUUAUGGAAGACGCCUCGGACUUCAGGGCCAUAAUAUUUGCCCGUACUCGAGCCACGUGCGGAGCCCUGGCAGACUGGCUGAACAAUGACGUCCAUGUCCCAGACGUUCUGAAGAACCUGAACGCUAGUUUCUUCACCGGAGCAAAUGCAGGGGAACAGAUCGGUGGGAUGACGCAGUCUCAGCAGGACAACGUACUGUCCAAGUUCAAGUCAGGCAGUAUCAAGUUGAUUGUGGCCACUUCUGUUGGCAACGAAGGCAUCGACAUCCCAGAAUGCAACGUGAUCGUUGCCUACAACCACACCGGCAACGAGAUAACAACGGUCCAGGUUCGAGGUCGAAGCAGGAAGGUAGGUGGAAAGACCGUAAAUCUUGCAGACGACAAAGUUCGAGAAAGAAAUUAUCGCAACCACGUGAAAGAGUAUUUGAUGAAACAGGCCGUUGACACCAUCACUCAAAUACCCUAUGACCGAGUUUCAAAGCUAAUUAGGCUGUUCCAACAGGAAGCCCUAGCAGCAGCUGAAAUCUCGGAGCGAGAAAGACAGGCUGAGGCAAGGCAGACGACACAUGUGCAAUACCGUAUCAUUUGUGAACACUGCCGCGCAGAACUAACAACCGGUGACAUGAUGAGAGUGAUCAAUGGAAGCCAGUAUGUAGUCGUCGACAAAGAUUUCACAUCAAAAAUACGCAGUCAUGGACCGAGUCGGAACAGGAACCCACUCAAAUUUGAUGACGUGGUUAUGGACGGCGGGAUCUCGUGCGAGGGCUGCCAGAAAACACUGGGAAGUCGAAUCCGUGUCAGUGGAGUGGUGUACUACACCCUGGGAAUAAAGCAUGUACUCUUUCUCAUCAAUGGAACGGAGGAACCUCAGAAGUUCAAACAGUGGACGAAAUGCCCCUUUAGGCCGAGGACGAUGUCUCAAGACGAUACCCUCGAGUACAACAGAUGCUGAGGAAGCAUGGCCCAUGUACUCCCCAGUGAGGGAUUUGAUGAAAUGUGGAUUUUAUCAUAAACUUCAGUGUGAAAGACUGAGUUUUCUGAAGUUGAGAAAAGAGAUAUUUUCAUUGCAGUGAACAUAACACAUUAACUGAACUAUUGUCAUACAAGAGUUACCUCCCCUUAAAUUGUCUCCCUUU